CAAAGCGCGUCGUGUGGUCUGGCAGUUUCCCUCUGUUCUUCAUCUCCUCCGUAACCCGCUGGUGAGAACGACUGACUAUGGUUUCUGCCCCGACCGGGAAUACACCAAGGAACAACACAUCUUUGAGAAUGAAUGGAUUAUAUGCCGGCCUCGGGGUCAGAAAUGACCAUCCACUCUCGGAGGAGCGCGCUGUAGGUUCAGGGUAGGCUGCGAAAUUGAUGUAGGCUAAAGCUUAAACAAUUGGCAUCCCAGCUUCGUCAAUAACAGCUCGUGGGUACCGAACCAUUCUAAUUUCAUUUUCUACCAUAGUGCAUUGAGGAUAUCAGUUAUUUUUUUGUCGUUUAUUUUGACAUUUCCCCCCUUCUCGUUGCGCAGUUAAAUGUCUCGGCUGAGACAGGAUUCGCGUCAUGCUUCGCGUCAUGCUAUUUAUGGGAUUUGUAUUUUCUUCUCCACGUAAAGACCAACAGCUCAGAGGCAAAUGAAAGAGAUGUGACACGGAUUCCACACAUCGAAGGAGGGGGCUGCUCAGAGAAGAAUAUGAAAAAGCAAGACAUUGGAGAGACCAUCCAUUUUGUGUCUGGAGAAGAUUUUGAGGAAGGGGACACUGGGAUAGGCAUAAUUAUAGAAACAGGAGCCUCUGAAUAAACAUUCAUCGACAUGGGAGCACCCAGCUGUGAAAAUACAUGUUGGGCCUAUUAAUUGUAUGAUUACAAUGACUAGGCCUAUAAGAUAAUGGCUGGAUCACAUCCAAUAAAACAUCAUUACAUUUGAUUCCAUUUUGAAAAAUACAAUAGGAAAAGAUGACCCAGAAAUCGUGAUGACCCUGUCCUCCACCAGUGCCUUCAGCUUCAUGUUAUAAUGUGGAGUGGCUGCGGGAGAAUAUAAACUAAAUUGUACAUAAAUAUCCCCGAUUUGUAGGCCUAUGGGAUUUUAUCAUAGACUAGGCCUAUUUCAUAAUGUAACAACUUCCUUUUGCAUAUUUAUUUCAAGGCAAACGUUGAAUUAUUUUCUGUUGGGGGCGUAUCCAUUCCAAGUGUCAAAUGAAAUGAAUAUCGACAUUGGAAUUUGACAUUAAAGGGAGCAACCUCGAUAUAAUUGAGACUAAUGUUACAAUCCAAGAAAACAUCCCAUGGCACACAGAAAAUAAGUAGGUCUAUAGCUGUCAUAUGAACAAAUGGCCUCCCAAUGCUCAAGUGAAUGAUGGUCUUUAUUCCCAAUGUUAUUUGUACACCCUCCACUAGUUUCUGGAUUCAACAUGAAUGGAAACCAUAUGUGGCCCACUUGAUUUGAGACAAGUGUUUGUUUUCUCCCAUUGCUGAACAUGUUUUUCAAACGCAGAAAAUAGUCUGUCAAGUGCGAUAAGCUUUUUUGAUGCUUAUAGUCAGAUUUUUUGUGAGUGACAUUAACAGAGGUGGAAUUGAUGACACAUAUCUUGACACCGUUGUUGUACUCCGGGGAUAUUGCACGGUACAAGCCAGGAGCACUACCAGAGUCACUGGAAAUUCGACACAAUUCAAGUGCAAGUUCAAGUUUUUGUCUGUUUCGCUCAAAAUGUGGAGAGUUGUAUUGUAGGAGUGCCUCACGACAGAAGAAGAACAAGAAAGGGAGAUGAAUCCGAGAAGGUGAUGAUGAUGCUGGAUACACAGAAUGCGACCCAUGAGAUUGGUGAGGAGGUGGAGGACGGGGUGGUAUACACCAUCACCCUGCGGAAGGUGCAGAUGCUCCACCACCGCCACCACGUUGGUGGCAGCGGGGCCGUUAAGGGCCAACGCUGGCUAGGUGUGGACGCAUCGCUCAGCCUGUAUGAGACGUGCAAGGUGCGCACCAUCAAGGCAGGCACACUGGAGAAGCUGGUGGAGUACAUGGUGGCGGCGUUCCGGGGCAACGACUCCACCUACGUUACCAUCUUCCUCUGCACCUACCGCUCCUUUGCCUCCACCAAGCAGGUCCUGGACCUGCUGCUCAACAGGUAUGCCAAGCUCCAGCACCUGCCUGGCUCAGAGGGCCACAGACUGACUCAUGAUGAUCGCACAGAUCUGAGGAACACGAUAUCCUCCAUUUUGGGGGCAUGGCUUGACCAGUACUCUGAGGACUUCUGGAAUCCUCCAGAGUACAGCUGCCUGCGACGUCUUAUAUCCUACCUGCACCUCAACUUCCCGGGAUCGGACCUGGAACGCCGCGCCUGCAACCUCCUGGCUCACUUCCACCGCCGGCAGCUCCAAGAGCCAGAGAGUGAGUUGCUGGAUCAUGACGGCUAUCCUUUCACCUUAUUGGAGGAGAAUGGCUACGAGGAUGACCGACUGGACUUUCUGAACUUUGACCCGGCGGUGGUGGCCGAGCAGUUCACCCUCAUGGACGCGGAGCUCUUUAAGAAGGUGGUCCCCUACCACUGUCUGGGGAGUAUUUGGUCGCACCGGGACAAGAAGGGCAAGGAGCAUCUGGCACCCACCAUCCGUGCCACUGUCACACAGUUCAACUGCGUCACCAACUGUGUCAUCGCCACCUGCUUGAGCGAGCGUUUGCUCAAACCCACACAGCGGGCCAAACUGGUGGAGCGCUGGAUCGAAGUGGCCAGGGAGUGUCGAAUCCUGAAGAAUUUUUCUUCGCUACGGGCCAUCCUUUCUGCUCUGCAGUGCAACCCGGUCCACCGGCUGAAGAGGACGUGGGAUGAGGUGUCCAGGGAGAACUUUCGCAUCUUCCACGAGUUGUCAGAAAUAUUCUCAGAUGAAAAUAACCAUUCGCUCAGCAGAGAGCUGCUCAUCAAGGAGGGCACGUCCAAAUUUGCCACCCUGGAAAUAAACCCCAAACGAGCCCAGAAGAGACAGCAGCAGCCACGAGACCUGAGUGUGAUGCAGGGGACCAUUCCCUACCUGGGUACUUUCCUGACAGACCUAGUCAUGAUGGAUACUGCCAUGAAGGACUACCUGGACGGAGGGCUGAUACAUUUUGAGAAGAGGAGGAAGGAGUUUGAGGUGAUUGCCCAGAUCAAGCUUCUGCAGCUGGCCUGCAACAAUUAUAACUUCACCCGCAACAAGCGUUUCCGACAGUGGUUCUCCGGUGUGGACAAACUCACUGAGGCCGAGAGUUACAGUCAGUCGUGUGAGAUCGAGCCGCUGUCGGAGUCGGCCUCAAAUACUCUGAAAAAGAAGAACACAGGAAUCAUCAAACGCUGGAGCGAUCGCCAGCCGGCCAGCUCGGAGCCAGGCUACUGCAGUGCGGGCAGCUCUCACUCCAAGUCCUUUGACCAGCUGCGCUACGCCCCCUGCUUGGGGGGCUCAAGUGGAGGUGGAAGGGGUGACGGAGCAGACUCCCUGAGCGUCACCUCAGCUGGCUCCAGCAGCUCCGACGUCGAGGAGAUAAAUAUCAGCUUCAUCUCCGACUCGCCUGACGCCCACGAGCGAAAGACCUCCACACCUUCCGUAAAACAUUCCAAUUCCACGUUAGGGAAGUGCGGCCCCUUGCCUGACCUGGCACCCACGUUCUGGGAGUCCACUUCUCUGUCCUCCUUGGACGCCUCUGGUGUGGGAUCUGGCUCGGGCUCCAGCAGCGCCUCCUCCUCCUCCAUGUCCUCCACGCCCGUGGUAGGGGCCGGCUCCCGCUCGCACAAGCGCUCCGUGUCGGGUGUGUCCAACUACUCGUCGCUGUCACUGCCCCUCUACAACCAGCAGGUGGACGAUUGCUGCAUCAUCCGGGUCAGCCUGGACGUGGACAACGGCAACAUGUACAAGAGCAUCUUGGUGACCAGUCAGGACAAGACGCCUGCGGUGAUCAGGAAGGCCAUGGUAAAACACAACCUGGACCGGGAGAGAGCGGAGGACUACGAACUGCUGCAGAAGAUCUCUGAGGAGAAAGAGCUGAAGAUUCCAGACAAUGCCAACGUUUUCUAUGCCAUGAACUCCUCGGCCAACUAUGACUUUGUCCUGAAGAAACGUGGCUUCCCCAAGGUGGGCCGGACCAAGCAUGUGGCCAGCUCCACACUGCCGCGCAUGAAGCAGAACGGCCUGAAAAUCGGCAAGGGCAUCUUCUGAGGGGCUGCACCAUGUCCUCGCCCGCCUCCAGCUUCCUGCUGGGCUCUCUGGGUGCCACCUUUUAGUACCACCCUUGAUGUGCCAUGGUAGAGGGGCCAGCCGCCAGCUCGGUCUUGUGUUCGGCGUCUGAGCGUCAAAGCCUCAGAGGACUAAUACAGCUGAGUGGGAUGGAAAGCCCUAUAGGCCAACUUGCACAAAUCACUUCCUGUUAGCUUCAGCUCUCUGUGGACGUCCUAAUUGAUAGUGAGCACUCAAGAAGGAAAACUGAGGGGAAAUGGUAACUGUAUUUUAUCCAGGUGCGUCUGAAAAUUCCUUCCCUCUAAAGGAGUUACACUCCCUGUCAUUUCUACAGAACCCUCCCUCAGCCGAUGCAGCGUGUGUGUGUGUGUGUGUGUGUGUGUGUGUGUGUGUGUGUAUGUAAAGUAUUCAAGCACUCAGAGAAAGAGCGAGAGAGAGAUGGACAGAGAUGGAAACAUGAAUGUUGUAUUGUGAAAUGAACCGUGGUCUUUAAAUGUCUAGUCUUUUUGUUCUAUGUAGUGUAAAGAAAAAAAGAAGAAUGAAAAGGACUGUUCUGGUCUGCUCCCUCCUUUAUUUCUCUCUUUCAUUAAGGCCUGUUUUCCUUGUGUACCAGGGUAGGGGUCAGUUAAUUCAGGAGAUAAAUGAAAGAGAGGAAAAUAAAUAACUCUAAUUAAAACAUACUGGUCCACUCCGCGUGUGCCAAAGAGCAGAGAAGAGUGGACUAUGAGAUAUGAUCAUAGACCGUUUUUGGGAGCAUAGAGAUUGCCGUGGGGGAGUGAGUUUGCUUGCUGUUGAGAGAUUCCUUGCACAGAUGUGUGAUUCUUUGUCUAUGACUCUGGUAGAAGAUAAUCUGAUAUGACGGGUCCUUGGUUUGUAGUACCCCAUGUCUAUCCAUUUCUUACAGUAUUGCAGCACUUAUGAUCAAACCUAACAUCCCUAAUUAUCAGCAGCCAGGUCAGUGGUAUUGUGGAUUACAGUGUUAAAGCCUGUGUUCAUGCUCAAAUGGAUUUCUGAAAUUAUUGACUUUUUGACUGUGACCGUGUCACACUGUGUCCUGUGCAUGACAGUAAACAUUCUAAAAGGGACACAGGAUUGGGUCUCUAUCAGAGGGCAGGCAAUAUGUAGGCUGGCUAUACUUUACUUCUAUAGCCUUUUUACAUAUUGUGCCAACCUGAACCAUAGUGUGCUGGCUGGCUCUGAUAUUUUAUUUUAACAUGGUCCUUUCCAGCACAGUUCCAGCAACCAUGGUUGAUGCAUAACUAGGCCAGCGCAGUACAGCUUGGCUCAGCUCAGUACAGUAGUGUAAAAAGGGUAUGUUUUCAGGUGCUAUAAUGAUAGUUUUUCAUAUGUCAAUUAUCAUAAGGAUGGGUGGUCAUAGGGGAGUGGCUAUAUGGACACUCCUGGUGCCCAAAUUGCUGACGUUUUUUGUGCAGUGAGAGUCGAGUGGUGACGAACGGAUUCAGUUCAGUCAUUUCAGAUAGUCUUCCUGAUGUGCCGUUCCCAGCAAGCUAGUUUAAUGCUUGUGGCUAAAAACUUGUCGGUCGAAGUUGGGACUUGGGAGUGUUCAGAAUCCUUUAGUUUUUGUCUAAUUAAUAAUUGUACAAAAUGUAACGUUAGAGGUGUAUGUCAUAGUAGUCGAUUUUCGGUGAAAAUCACUAUUGACUACACUAUCUACUUCCCUUACUGCGUCAAGCGGGAGAGAAGCACAGGGCGCCCUGUGUUGCGUUGGCUUGAUGUGCAAACUCUCCCCAUUGAGCAGUGUAGCAUUACGGUGACAUCCAUCUAGAUUACUACCAACAUUAAGUUAUUUUUCAUGUAGGCUGCUAUCCUACUCAAAAUAAAAUCAAGUGGGAUGGAACAGCAGACUGGCUCAUGGUCAGAUCAGGCAGAGGUCAAUAAUCCAGAGUAGAGUGUAAAGCACCGGAACAGCAGACUGGCUCAUGGUCAGGUCAGGCAGAGGUCAAUAAUCCAGAGUAGAGUGUAAAGCACCGGAACAGCAGACUGGCUCAUGGUCAGGUCAGGCAGAGGUCAAUAAUCCAGAGUAGAGUGUAAGGCACCGGAACAGCAGACUGGCUCAUGGUCAGGUCAGGCAGAGGUCAAUAAUCCAGAGUAGAGUGUAAGGCACCGGAACAGCAGGCGGUCGCAUGGUCAGGUCAGGCAGAGGUCGGUAAUCUAGAGUAGAGUGUAAGGCACCAGAACAGCAGACGGGCUCAUGGUCAGGUCAGGCAGAGGUCGGUAAUCCAGAGUAGAGUGUAAGGCACCGGAACAGCAGACGGGCUCAUGGUCUGGUCAGGCAGAGGUCGGUAAUCCAGAGUAGAGGCAACGGUACAGGGCAGGCAGGCAGGCUCAGGGCAGGCAGGCAGGCUCAGGGCAGGCAGGCAGGCUCAGGGCAGGCAGAAAAGGUCAAAACUGUGAAACUACAAAACAGGGACUAUAGCGAAGACAGUAGCAAGGGAAACGGCUGGUAAGUUUGAACGAACAAAACGAACUGGCACAGACAGACAGAAAACACAGGUAUAAGUACCCAGGGGAUAAUGGGGAGGAUGGUCGACACCUGGAGGGGGGAGGAGACAAUCACAAGGACAGGUGAAACAGAUCAGGGCAUGACAAUGUCAUCCAUUUGAGCUCCGGUGUGUCCGUAUAGCCUCUCUCUAGUCAUAUUAUGUAAGUACUGCGUUAUGAAUGCAUUCAACUGUGCUGGUUGGUGACAGUGAUGGUUGCUGUAUGUUUGUGAAUAUUGGGGUCCGGGAGUCUACUGCCCUUAUGUCAUUCGUUGGACUUCAUAUCGGUGGUGUUGAUGGAAGUUGCCCCUAAGCCCUGUUUCAAGGUCAGUUUAUAUUCCUACGUCCUAUGACCAAGGUUAGGAUUGAGGUUGGGAACGCUAAACCUAGAUCUGUGGUUAAAGACAACUUCUGUAAUGCGUCAAUGAAUGAGGGAUGGCUCCUUUGUGCACAUCUCAAACUUGUGUGUAAGUUCCCAGUUAAUGUGUGGGUGUAAGUGAGAGUUCAUCCCGGAAUGUGUGCUUAUUGUUUCUCUUUUUUUUUGCGAAUGUGUGCCUCCCCAGGUGCCCAAAAUAUCUAUAUAUCAGGGGGGGCUCUGUCAUAAAGAUGUCAACAUUUCAGGUUUCACAAAUGUUAGUCUGUGUAUGUGUGUGUGUGAAAGAGACUCUCUUCUGUGUCUGCAUUGUCGUUGGUAAAAGUAAUGGCCAACGACUGCACCGAUCAAACUAAGUUAGUCCCUCUCAGAAACACUGCCUGAUCAGGAAUAUGUCCUCAUGCCUCACCCUCACAAUGAUCCUCCUUAAAACCUUUGUGCCAUCGCUCUCCAUCACUGUCAAAGACUCAGAACUCUAACGACCUCCGACCUGUUCAAUGUUUUUUCUAUGUUCCUUUUGUAUUUUUGGUAUUAUAAAAGACUCAAUGUCCUUUGUACUUUAGAUUUUUUUGUGUGUGUUUGCUUUAUUUAUUAACUUGUAAAUACUUUUGUAGCAUUUUACAUUUUGUUUCUUUUCCCAUGCAAUUACAAAUUAAUAUGUAAAUAUAUAUGCGAUGGUUAUACCACUGUAUUUGCAGGUCCACUUGUCUCCAUAUCCCUUUGACUUUGGUUGCUUUACAUCAAUCCUGUCUUUUGUAUAAUGGUCAGUUUUGAUAUUGCUUUCCCCCUUAUUGCGCUGUUUGUAAUGGAGAAAAACCCACCUAAUAAACACUUACCAUGUGUCAAA